CACACACACUUCCCAACACACACACUUUGACACACACACACACACACACGCACAGCGGCGUGGAGUAUCAGCGCUCGGAGCGGGACGGACAGAGGGGGAGACCUGCACCUGUCCUACACACACACUCCUCACACACAGAUAUAGAGGGGAUCCGACCGGUCGUCCCUAUGUGUGGAUGGGACCAAAGUUACACGGCGACCUCUCAUAGCUCGGCCAUGUUGACCAGUGAGGGGGCGCACACCAUGGAGCAGGACGACACGCAACACGGCGCCAAGAUGGCUUCCACCGCCACCACCAGCUCUGGCUCAGACGGAGCCGAGACGUUAGUAGACACAGAUGUGGAUAUGGAAAUGGAGAUGGAGGACGCAGACCUGACCCGGUGGACGGAGGCGGAGUUCGAGGAGAAGUGCACAUACAUCGUUAAAGACACGCCGUGGGAGGCGGGGCCAGACAGUGACUCCGUGACGACAACGACCAGAGCUGAGGCAUCACUGCCACGAAAUCUGGCCUUCAAACACCCGGCUGACAGCAAGGAGGUGGUCGGCGUUUGCAGCAGAGAGUACAUCCCCAAAGGAACUCGCUUCGGUCCCCUGGUGGGCGAGAUCUACACGGCCGACAGCGUCCCCAAAGACGCCAACCGCAAGUACUUCUGGAGGAUCUACGAGAACGAGGAGUUCCACCACUUCGUCGACGGCCUGGACGAGACUCGUUCUAACUGGAUGCGGUACGUUAACCCGGCCCACUCGGCGGCGGAGCAGAACAUUGCAGCAUGUCAGAACGGCAUGGAGAUUUACUUCUACACGGUGAAGCCCGUCCCGGCCGGCGCUGAGCUGCUCGUCUGGUACUGCCACGACUUCGCCCGACGUCUCCACUACCCGCCGUCCGGAGAGAUGAUGAUGCAGAAACUCAAGCAAUCUCUCUUGGAGGUCAAGCAGCAGCAGGUGAGCGGUGAGGAGCGUUUGGUGGAAGCCUCCAGCCCGUCCCCUGUCGCCGUGACCCCCACCCCGCCCAAGAGGGAACACAGUGUCCUCUCCAUACUGCGCGGCACCAACAGCACCUCCUCCUCCUCGUCCAUAAAGAGGGAGCCCAGCAGGCCGCUCCCCACGCGCCCGCGCUGUGCCGACAGCCCUGAGCGCCCGCUGUACCCUCGCGCCCUCUACCCGGCUCUCAGGCCCCACCCUCACAUCCCUGAAGACUUCCUCGGACACAAACCCAGCCAGCUUGGUUAUCCUGCAACCCGUUCCCCUGGAAAUCAGUCUUCAGCCACACCCAGCCCGUCUGCAAGGAGCAGCCCAGACAGCAGCCCUCAAGGGAGCCCCUCAGGUCCGGUGCCAGCUUCUUUCUACCCCACCGGACUGGGUUCGUACCCCGGUUACUCCCCACCAUCCACCCCCCUCUCCUCAUCCUUCUACCCUCCAGGAGCCCCCUACUCACGCUACCUCCUUCCCCCUCACUAUCCUCUGCCUGGCGGUGGUGUCCCCACAGUAGGAGGAAUCUUUCCAAGGAUGUACCCCCUCUACAACAGCCCUCUGCCCCUUCACGUGCCCCUCCUGCCCUCCGACACGGCAGGGAGGCGCUUCCUGAUGCCUGACCAUGUCCACCCAUCCUCCAUCUCUUCCCACAGAGAUUUCUUCCUUCCCAGGCCCACCAGUGCCUUCUCAUCUGCCACCUCUCUGAAGGACAAAGCAGGGCCUCACCACCCUUACCCAGGGCAGCCUCAUCCACACAGACCUCCCCACACCCCCUCCAGCGGCUCCCCAACAGCAGGCACGGCACCUCCCAACGAGCGGGUACCCACCAAGCCAACCUCAGCCCUGCUGGGUAACAUCAGCGAUCAUUGCUCCGAUGAGGAGGCCAUCAACCUGACCAAGGUGAAGCGUGGCCCCGGCUCGGCGGGCUACAAGGCCCUGCCGUACCCGCUGAAGAAGCAGAACGGCAAAAUCAAGUACGAGUGCAACGUGUGCAGCAAGACCUUCGGACAGCUGUCAAACCUGAAGGUUCAUCUUCGUGUUCACAGUGGAGAGAGACCCUUCAAAUGUCAGACCUGUAACAAAGGCUUCACCCAACUGGCUCACCUGCAGAAACACUUCCUGGUCCACACCGGGGAGAAGCCACAUGAAUGCCAGGUUUGUCACAAGCGCUUCAGCAGCACCAGCAACCUGAAAACUCACCUGCGGCUCCACUCAGGAGAAAAGCCCUACCACUGCAAACUCUGCCCCGCCAAGUUCACCCAGUUUGUCCACCUCAAGCUGCACAAGCGCCUACACUCCCGCGAGCGUCCGCACAAAUGCCCCCACUGCCACCGCCACUACAUCCACCUGUGCAGCCUGCGGCUUCACAUCAAGGGCUACUGCCCAGGUGUCUCCAGUCAGGCAGGCUUGGAGGAGGUGCAACGCGCCAAUGAGGAGAUCGAGCGAUUUGACGUCAGUGAGCAUGCCGAGCAGCUGGAUCAGCUGCAGGGAGGCGUGGAAAUGGAGGCCAUGUUGGAGAAGCAAGUGUUGGGGAUUCUAUGGAGGGAGACCGACCUUAAGUCCUCCCACUUCCAUCCUCACCACAAGGGCGGCGCCACCGACCUUCUGUCUAGUUAUGGCGCGUACGAGUCCCCGAACGAGACGUCGGUCAUCAAGAUGCGGCACAGCAGCCCCAUCCCGCCACUUCCUGCAAACGUCACCGUCAAGCAGGAGUCAGAGGAUCACGCUUAAACCUUAAACCCAAUGGACACAGAGUCAAGACUGCAUGACUUAAGGCGGACUGGGUUGCCAGGAGCACCAGCUGUAAAUAAAUAAUUCUCGACCUGGUUGUCAUCAGGAGUGACAUCAUGGUUACACCAGGUUUUCAGGGACUCGCGUACUCAGGGCUCAAGAGACACUGUCCCAUGACUACUUAGCAGUUUCAGCGUUUAUCAUACUUAGAGACAAUCAUCUACCCAGGAUUUACCUUUAAUGUAAUUAAUAUAAUGCUAUUAUCAUUAUUGUUGUUGUAUUAUUUGGUCUCUAUUUUCAAAUGUCUUUGUUUUUUUUUUGAUCAAUUAGUUGUUCUAUAACCUUCUUAAUUUAUUAUACUUUUUAUUUGUUGUCUUCAAAAGCAAUAAGUGGAAGGGAUGGUUACACUGACGGGGUGAAAUCAAUGUAAAAAGGAAUAUUUUUCUGUUGAUGUUUUUUUUUUCUCUGUGGCCAUUUCUCUGUAGAUAGUCACUCUCUCUAUGCCUAUAUCCGUCCGUCCUGCAGCCUCUGUCCUAUAGAACCAGAGGUGUCCACUCUUCAGGGUUUUUACUAUUUAAAUUUAAAUAAACAAUAUAGCAGGUUAAAAAAGGGUUGAAAGAUUUGCCAAAGUGUGGCACAUAAAUUUGUUAAUUUAGCAAGAAGAGCUUUAUUUCAACCCUGCUUGAUGGCUUCCCUAAAGUAUGUCUGUGUCCUUUUCUGAUGCCUACUUAAUUUAAUUCUAAACAAAAAGGGCAUUUUUUUGUAUAUUUUUCACAACGGUUACCUCAGUGUGCAUGUGACGAUGCAAGUGUGUGUGUUUGUGUGUGUGAGUGUUUAAAGGGACAGCUAAAGGUGGGAGCUUUCUAUUUAUUUUGCUACUUGAAGAAAGAAGAAGAAACCAAACUGAACUGGAGUGCAGCUCUUCAUGUGGUCCAAAGGAGAGCGGCGCAGCCCGCUCAAUAUGUAGCACAUAACGGACUCGGGAGGCCGGCUAGCCGCCCUCCCCGUCGUCCCUCCUUUUGUUUUAUUUUUCUACAACACUGUCAACACCCAACAGGGAAGUGAACAUCCUCAGAUUUAGGGAUUCACACUUGACGCUAGUAACCAAAGUUCACUUGGCUUUAAUUUUUAAAAUGCACACCAAAAAAACACAAGAAAGGAAAAUAAAAACAAGGGAAAGAAGGACUUGAGGAAUCAAAAUGCUGAAGAAAAGGGAAGAUGUAUUGUGUGUAUAUGAUGAAGUGUUCACUCUUUCGCUGUGGUCUCACAUUUUGUAGAUGUUUUGUUGUUGUUGUUUGUUGAUAUUUCGGUUGAGAAGCAAUGGCCCCUUCUUCAACCCCACCCGUCCGCCAUCUUGUUGAACUGGCAUACACCAAAGCACCUCGGCCUUCUUUUAUGCACUGGCCCCCUCCUCCUACUUUAUAACUUCAGUGCCGAUGCUUGCACCAUUUACACUGUGUACAAUAUCACUGAAACUGGUCAUAAUGGCAUUAAGACUCAACUUAAUGUUACAAGAGCAACUGUGAUUUUCUGCAGCAGUUGCACAUCAACCACCUGAACUCUGUAACUCUCUCUCUCCCUCUCUCUGUCUUUAUGUUUCAUUAUCUUUCUCUCUUACUAAUGUUUGACCAAAGCGUCUCUUUCUCUGAUCAGAGCUUUAACUCCAGAGGAGAAUCCCCGAAAGGACUGUCUCUGUUUACAUUCUGGUUUACAUAGUUAUUUAUGUGCAAAAAUGUCAAAAAGUGUAAAUUAUGAUAUAAAUGUCCACUGCUCUAAUCUAAA